GCUAAGAGUCGAUGAAAUAAUACUGAUCCGAUAUAACCCACAUGCUGGUGAUAUGAAUUCCGAUUCGGAAUACUCCGAUGAGGAUCACGGUGACUCACAUCGCUCGCUUCACAGUCACAAUCCCUCGUCAUUUAUGAGUUGCGGGACCUGUGACAGCGACGAGGAUACCUGCACGGAAAUCGCAUUGCCGGAAAGUCCCAAUGGAAAUCCCGAGGCGGAUGACUUUGUCUACAAGGUCCUUUCGGUCGAUCAGAUCGUUCAGCACCAGCGCAACAUCAUCGAUGAGGUGAACAAUGUCUUGAAUUUAUCACCGCAGGUCACGAGGAUAAUCCUCAAUCACUUUAAAUGGGACAAAGAGCGUUUGUUUGAGAACUAUUUCGAGAGCAGUUCAAAGGAUUUUUUCCAGCGUGCCCAUGUGGUGAAUCCUUUCGAGCAGCGAAGUGAACUGGAUUUGAGGGAUAGCACAUCGCAAACAGUGCGGCCAUCCCGCUCCUCGCAGGAAUUCUGUGGCAUUUGCUUUGCUCCUUGCGAUGAGUUGAAGGGUUUGGGCUGUGGUCACAGUUUUUGCGCCGCCUGCUGGAAACAAUAUUUGGCCAAUAAAACGUGUAGCGAGGGAUUGGCCCAUACGAUAACGUGUCCCGCUUCCAAUUGCGAUAUCCUCGUGGACUAUGUGUCCUUUCUGAAGCUCUCCGAUGAUCCGGAGGUUAUAGAGAGAUAUCAACAGCUCAUAACCAACACCUUUGUGGAGUGCAAUAUGCUAAUGAGAUGGUGCCCGGCUCCCAAUUGCACUCAUGCCAUUAAGGCCAAUUGCGCGGAGGCUCGAGCUGUUCACUGCAAAUGUGGCCAUCAAUUUUGCUUUGCAUGUGGCGAAAAUUGGCAUGAACCGGCCAGCUGUAGUUGGCUUAAGAAGUGGCUGAAGAAAUGUCUCGAGGAUUCGGAGACCUCCAAUUGGAUUGCCCAGAACACGAAAGAGUGUCCCCGUUGCAAUGUGACGAUUGAAAAGGAUGGCGGAUGCAAUCACAUGGUGUGCAAGAACCCAUCCUGCAGAUAUGACUUCUGCUGGGUUUGUUUGGGUCCUUGGGAGCCACACGGUUCGUCCUGGUACAGUUGCAAUCGAUUCGACGAGGAGGAGGCCAAACAGGCGAGAUUGGCCCAGCAGAGAUAUCGCUCCUCGAUGGCUAGAUAUCUGCACUACUACAACCGAUAUAUGAACCACAUGCAGAGCAUGCGAAUGGAGCACAAAUUGUAUGCCAGUGUACAGGCCAAAAUGGAUGACAUGCAGGAGGAGAUGAGCUGGAUUGAGGUGCAGUUUCUGCGGAAUGCCGUCGAUGUUCUAUGCCAAUGCCGAUCCACUCUGAUGUACAGCUACGUUUUCGCUUUUUACCUGAUGAACAACAAUCAGAAGAUCAUAUUCGAGCAUAAUCAAAGGGACAUGGAAAUGGCCACCGAGAAGAUAUCAGAGUGUUUGGAGCGAGAGAUCACUGUGGCAAAUCUCUACGAAAUCAAACAGAAGGUCCUCGACCUAUCACACUACUGCCAAAAGCGACGACAUGUACUUCUUUGCCACGUGAGAGAGGGCAACGAAAAGGAUUGGUGGGAGUUCAUCGAGGAGACCUCCACAUAAUCCCCAAAAUAAUACACCUUCUAUAUUCUGGCAUUCUGGCAACACAUAGAAAUAGAAAGCAAUGCGGACAUUUCACUGAAGACUUUUAUUUAACACACACUACAUGACCCAUUUCGGAUUCCUCUCUGGUUGGAUUGAUUUCAGUCGAUUCGACCAUGAGCCCCCAAAAUUCUACAGUCGUUAAGCAGCUAUAGAAGGAAAUAUAAAAAUGAAUCAUUCAUUA